AUGGACAGGCAAUCCAAAGACCAGAACCGCAUCCAACGGCGAGCCCACCGCGAGCGGGCGCAGCCCCUCGAACGAGCGAGGCUCGGUCUGCUCGAGAAGCACAAAGACUACCAGAAACGCGCCAAGGACUACAACAAGAAGAAGGCCGUGCUCAAAUCGCUGCGUCAGAAGGCGGCCGACCGCAACGAGGAUGAGUUCUACUUUGGCAUGUUGUCGCGCAAGGGGCCCGGCUCGGCCAUCACGCGCGGCAAAUCCUUCACGGGUACCGUCGACGGCGACCGCGGCAACAAGGCCAUGGACAUGGACACAGUGCGGCUGCUCAAAACGCAAGACCUGGGAUAUUUGCGGACAAUGCGAAAUGUGGCAGCCAAGGAGGUGCGGGAGUUGGAGGAGCGCUUCAUUCUCGCCGGCGGGACGACAGAGCAGAUGGCCGGGGACGACGAGGGCGACGACAGUGACGAGGACGAUAUGGGCACAACAUCAUCUAGGCCGCAAAAGCCCAAAAGGAUUGUGUUUUUCGAUGCAGCCGAGGAAAGGCAGCAGGCGCUGGAGGAGCAGGCAGAGGACGAGGACGAGGCAAUGGGGGAAUUGGGCGACGACCAGGACGAUGAGAAAGCAGCAGAGGCACGCCGGAAAGCAGAGAAUCUCGAGAAGCUCCAGCGGAAACUGAAGAACGCGAAGAAGAAGUUAAAAGGGCUAGCGGAUGCCGAGUACGAGCUCGAGCUGCAGCAGGCCAAGAUGGCCAAGACGGCGACAUCAGGCGGUAUCACCAAGAGCGGGAGGCGGAUCAAGGUCCGCGAGAGAAAGAGGUAG